UAAAAACAAUUUGCGUUCAUACGCAGUUGGCAUUAAAAUUUUUUGUUAAGUGAAAUUAAAAAAAAAAAAAGUUUUUAAGUAUAGUUAAAGAUGAUGAGACGCUUGAAAUGCGAUCUAAGUCCACAGCUUACGACCUGCCUGAAGUUGGCCGACAGCAUUCGUCCUGAUUGUUGUGUUGUCCGCAAUCGUAUUCCAUAUGAUGCACAAUGUUUUAUGAGAGACAUCUCGCGGGAUCUGAAUAAGCUGUACAAGCGACAUGAGAAAACCUUUGUGAAGAGCAAGCGAAUCAUGGAAUUGGCGAUGCCAUUGCAUCCCAAAUGUCGUUUUGUCCCCAAGUGUGCGUGUCCAUUCAAGAAGACUAUCGAAAUCAUUCCAGCUGAUUUGCCAAGCAAUACGAGAACCGAACAGCUUGCGCUUCCAACCGUCAGGCGUUUGCUCUAUCGUCGCGAACAUGCGAUUAAAAUCGGGGAUAAGAUCGGUGAGAGCAUCUUGAACCGAUGGCUACGCUCCAGUUACUUGUCGCUCUACAGUCGCUUGGGCAACAUGCAGCCACUGAAAAAGCCACAAAAGAAGAAGAAGUCAACGCCAAAGGAAAAGAAACGUCAAGCCGCGUACAUUGAGAAGCUGUCAAAGGCCAAAGUUCCCCUGGAGCCCCCCAGCUGGAGCCCCCAAACGCCCGAACGUAAAGGCGAAUACAGUAUGCGGCGCCUGAAGAAAUUGGCUCGUCCCAAGGUAUUCGAGUUGGUCGAGAAGCCAUCAUGGGAAUUAACACCCGGCAUGAAGGCUUACAAGGCAACAGAUCGCAUCAAGACCAUGGCUGAGCCAGUGAGUCGUCCGGAUGUCCACACCAACGACGAACCGGAGAAGGUGUCGCCCACAGCCCUGAAAUACAAACCGAGUGCACGCAUUAAGGAGAUGGCUACGCCAUUGGCUAAGAACGAGGCAACUUUGGCUGGUGAUCUCAAGGAGGAUCCAUUCUCCAUAUCGCCAAAUGCACUCAAGUAUAAGCCAUCGUCACGCAUUAAGGAGCUGGCUGAGCCAAAGGAGUUCGAGAACACGCACAUCCGUGAGAAUCCUUUUGCCAUCUCGCCAGCUGCUCUCAAGGCGAAGGCUUCGCCGCGUCUUAUAGAAUUGGCCAAGCCCAAGGGAUCUGCGUAGCUUGUGGGACUAUUUCAAAUUGUAUUAAAUUUUUCUGUAUUUAUAUUUUGGUUAUUGCAAAUAAAUUAUGGACUGUUUUGUAA